UGCUUCUGUUCAUGCAAAAGAAAUCAGCACAACUGCACAACUUUGGUGCUGGUCUUUCAUUUGGCAUGAUUAGGUUCUCAAAGGACAAAAUAUCUUGGGAAGGAGUUGUUUAAUGUCUCAUGUUUUAGUGGCUUCGCUUGCUUUGUUGGGUGAUGAAAAAUCUCAGGUCCAUUUUCCUUUUCUCUCUUCGGAUGACUAGACUCUAUUGAAGGAUCAUACCACUAUUGAAGUAAAGCUUUUCUGAAAGACCACUGCAAGAUCAAGAGCCUCUUGUUACAAUUUACUAAUUACUGCUUAUGCUGAUGGAGACUGAUAUGUACAUUGCUGGCCGAGAUGCUACAGUAACAGAUGAAAUUUCCCAACAUUCCACCUCAAAUCCUCUCAUUCAGUGCUAUUCACUUGACCUUAACAAUCAAACCAACAUCAUAAAUGGAAUUCCAAUGCUUUCUGGAGAGCAAGGUGAACUUAUAAGCAAUGUCCAUGCUGAUGUUUGCUUCAUUAAUCCUUCAAUUAUUGCCAACUCUAGUCCAUUAGUUGCCUCACAAGGAAAGACUAUUGUGGCAGAUGCUUCAAAUCCCAUGGAGAACAGUGAGCUUCAAGAGAAUUUAGUUGGAGGAAUGCCAAUUACUCCCUCUUCCCUUGCUGCCAUUCUCGCUGCUAGAAUUGGUCUUGAAGAAAAUUUAGAGAACUCAGAAGCCUUGCCUCCCGCACUCUGCUCAAUGGGGCCACUGGCGCCAUUCUUCAACAUUUUGCAUGGUUCUUCAAACCCUUUGGCUGCAGCUUUUGAGGACUGUGGUUACAAUGAAGUCCCUAGCAAGUGGAAUGCUAACAAGUUUCCUAAGACUCCAGAGAUUGAUGCAACUGUGUGUCAGCCUUAUUCUUCAAUAGUAGGAAACCUGGAUCCAGAUGAAUGGCCAUUAUCAAAUGUUGCAAACAUGUCCAAUCAUGCUUACCAUUCCUCUAACUUUAGCAAGGAACUUUCUCUAAGUCUUGCAUCGUCUACAACCGCAGGACAGGCAACUAAAAAUUAA